CCGAUUUGGAGUUUCAUCGCGUCUACGAGUUCCUGUCUCGGCUCCGUAAGGAGUUUGAGCCCCGGCGUGCUCAGUUGCUUGCUCGUGGCCGUAUUUCUCUCAUGGAGGCGCUUUCGGAGAUUCGUGCUGAGGAGACUCGCCUACGCGGUGCUGGUUUGCUGGAGGUUCCCUCGGUGCUCGCUACUCAGGUUUCUUCCACUCCACCUGCUGCACCGCCUCAUUCUCGCUCGAGUGCUCCGCCGCUCUUGCCCACUCCUUCUGGCGGCUCCGGUCGGCCCCGUUCACAUUGUGACUACUGCAACAAUGAUGGUCAUAUUGAGUCCCAGUGCUACACAAAGCGGAAACACCUGCGCAAGGCGCGAUCAUCCUCCUCAGGGACUUCGUCAUCUCCCUCGCCAGCUUCAGCCAUUGCUUUGACCGAGCAGGAUAUUCUGAGACUUAAGCGUCUGCUCGCGGCUUCAGGUUCUUCCUCGACGGGUACUGCUGGUUCUGUGACUGAUGCUUCCCGCACUGAGCACCCGCCCUCUACACAGUCAGGAUCGUCGCACGCACACUCUGGUUGGGGCUGGCCCUCGCCGCCGUGAUUCUCAGGGUCUUUGGGAGUUGGACUGGCUUCAUGUUCCUUCCGCUGCCACCACCAUCACCAGUUCCUCCGCUGCUGUCGCUUCUGUUACUGGUUCCUUCAAGCAGUGGCAUCAUCGACUUGGUCAUCUGUGUGGUUCUCGAUUAUCGUCUUUAGUUCGUCGAGGUCUUCUGGGGUCUGUCUCAGGAGAUGUCUCUUUAGAGUGUCAGGGUAGUCGUCUUGGCAAGCAGAUUCAGCUACCAUAUUCUCAUAGUGAGUCAGUGUCUCAGCGUCCUUUCGAUUUAGUCCAGGAUUGUUUCACUCCACGGUAUUCCAUUGGUUAUCAGUUCAGACCGUGGUAGCUUAUUCACUUCAAGAUUCUGGGCAAGUUUCCAAGAAGCUAUGGGCACUCAUCUGUCAUUUAGUACUGCGUUUCAUCCUCAAUCGCAAGGACAAGUUGAACGCGUCAAUCAAG